AUGGAGGAUGUUUCGGUCAUGUUUGACGAAGGCCGUGUUGAAGUCAAGGUCAACUCCGCGGUCUUGAUGCUGGCUUCCCCGGUCUUCCAUAGCAUGCUGACGCAGACAAUGAAGGAAAGUGAAACCAAGCAGAUCGAGUUGCCAGAUAAGGAUCCUGAGGAGUUCAAGGUGUUGAUGUCCUUCUUGAUCCCCCCAACUGCUCGCCUGCAAAGGAUUUCAGUGGAGAAUGUGGACUUCCUCUUGGUGUGGAGUGAUGAGUACUGCAUUGAUCCAUUGAAGUCUGAAUGCCUUGAGUUUAUCCAGACGCAGCCAGCUUCAAUCCAACGAGUGCUUCAGGCUUAUGCCUUUGACCUACACGAGUACUUGGACCAGUGCAUUCGCGAGCUCCUUGCUGCAAAGACAGAGGAUUGGAGCCCUUGCUACGGGGAGCAGAAACUCGUGCAACAAAUCAUGGAAAGUGCUGUGAAGUUGCUCAUGUCUCAUGUUCAUAAGGAGGGGAAGCUGGACUUUGGCCACCACUUGCAGUGCAUCAAAUGUUCACGCGCCUACAAUGCCGGAUGGCAGUGCUCUCAAUGCAAGUACAAAUAA